UAGCCGUACAGCGAGGAUGGUGUCAGUAGCCAUGAUGCCACCACUGACGGCGCUCCUUCUAGGCGUCAUAUCCCUCACGACGACUAUCCAUGGUACUGAGGGAGCAGUCGAAUACUAUGGAAAGUUUCUAGGACAUCUUUCCCGGCUGAUGCACUCUGUCAGCGGGGAUGUCUACGCCGUCGACGUAAGGACUUUACAUAUUAGAGAUUUCACAUACGACGGAGCAGGGCCAGCUGCAUUUUUCUACGCUGGAAACAGCAAAACUGUCGGUCCUGGAGGAUUCAGAGUGCGAGACGAAACAGGAUCGGAGAGAGUUUUGAAAAGCUACAACAAGAAACACAUUACGGUAACUCUUCCGGACGGUAAAACACUGAACAACAUCAAAUGGUUUUCUGUGUGGUGCGACGAAUUCCAAGUGAACUUCGGAUCCAUACAAAUACCUCCUGGCCUCGACUACCCGAAGCCGCAGAAAAUCGGCCAUCUGGCCGGGGUCCACGCAGUCUCCUCUGAAAACAUAGUCGUCGUCGACGCGCAGACACUUCUCAUCCCAUCGUUCUCGUACGAUGGCGAAGCGCCAGAUGCCAAAUUCUGGGUCGGAAGGGGGCCCAACCCGAGCCCUCAGGGGAUAAGGAUUCCAGACGAAAACGGAAAAAUCACUCCUUUGAGAAAGUACGUGAGAAAGACGAUAGUGCUGACCCUCCCAGGUGACCUGACCGUCUUCGACAUCGGUCACUUCGGCGUCUGGUGCGAGGCGUUCACGGUCGACUUCGGCCACAUCCAGAUACCUUCGGGUCUCAACGUGCCACCUUCGCUCAAAAUGCUCGGCGUCUCGCCGCAGUCGAAGCUCAACUGUGAAGUUUUAAGCGACGAUUUGGCCUACGAAGUCCGUUGGGCUAUCGCAGGCGACAGCGUCGUUAUCCAGCUUGUCGCCAAAUUAGAAGAUGGUGAAUACAUGUCUUUCGGUCUUUCUGGAGAGGAAGAUCAUAGUGCUAUGGUUGGUGGGGAUGUCGUUGUCGCUUGGGUUGAUCAAAACUCACUCAACGGUUACGCUCAUGACUAUUACUUAGAUGCCAAAUCUCAGUGUGCUGGCACAAGAGGCAGCUGUCCUGAUUAUGUGAUAGAGCCAAACACAGAAAAUGUUAGAUUAUUGAAUGCAGCUUUGGUAAAUGGCUACUCCAUUGUGACAUAUCAGAGGCCUUUGAAAGCACAUGACGGGCUUGACCGACCAAUAUUGACUACAAAAAGCCAGCCAGUUAUAUGGGCUGUUGGUCCAUUAAACAGUAAACUUGAAGUGUCGUACCAUUCAGUGACUUCGAAAGGCGAUGUAUUCCUUGACUUUGGUCGCCCACCAAAGUGGAAUUGUCCGAUUCCUGAAUCGGACCAUACUGCAGAAAGUUCUAAUGUUGAAAAUAUAUCCAACCUUCCAGUAGUAUCAAGAAAACCUCAGGUCACGACAGAAGUUGCUUCAACUUAUAAAACACCACCACCACCGUCGCCAGUGCCUCCACUAAAGAAUGGAGCAUGGGUGAUUCCCCCAAUUCAGUGCAAUGAACCAGACGAUGGCGUUUUCUAUGCACAAAUGGGUCCUGCAGGAGGAAAAAGAGGAUAUCCUGCCAUAACUGGUCACGUCGGCUGGGGAAUAGCUUAUUACAUAAAUGGCCUUCUCAUCCCUGAAAUACAUGUUGUAAGAGGUAAAACAUACAAUUUCGUUGUUGAAGGCGGAACAGAAUCAUCUGUCCCAGCUAAAUUCCAUCCAAUGUACAUUACCGAUGACCCGAUCGGAGGGUAUCAACAUAAGACUCCUGAAGAAAGAAGGAAAGUAAAUAUUUAUGCCGGUGCUGAAUUAAACAAAAAAGGUGAUGUGGUACCGACUGGAAUCGGUCGUCUUUGCAAUUGGACUCCUGAUCCCAACAAGCCUGAUGCAGGUGAUUUUGCCUCAUUUGGUGCAUAUCAAAGAACUCUCACACUUAUUUGUGAUAAUGGAGAGCCUGCGCUCAUUCAAUGGACACCUGAUAAGAACACUCCUGAUACAGUUUAUUACCAAUGCUUUAGUCAUAGAUACCUUGGAUGGAAGAUCCAUGUACAUGACAGAUGUGAUUUACCCCCUGCAGCUGGAUCAAACCCAGUACCAAGCAUUGCUCUUCCUGAUGAUGAACUUGUAGCAAAGCCAAGUAUAAUGGUGACAACAAGAGUUAAACCAGAUUUCCCUCCACAAACAAUUGCAGAUACCAACCUAAAAAAUGUUACAAAAAAUAGUUUCCCUUAUAAAAUAGUAAAACCGGCUUAUAAUAUAAAACGACCCAAUAUGUCAGAUGAUUAUGUGAUACCAGUUAGAGAAGAUGUCGAAGAUAUCCCAGAAACUACUACGGUGAAAUUGACAGUUCAAAAUGUAUCAAUGGAAAUCCCACAUGCAAUGCCGUUAAUGAAGGGCCCACCAGUCAGAAACGGUCUCAUAAGGCCAGUGAAUAGGAGGCCGAUGAUUGUCGUCCGUAGACCAGUACAGCAAAUGAUGAAACCUCAUUCUCCACACCUUGGUGGAAGACCUAUUAUGAUGCACCAUGCUGCCUCUCAGGCUAGACCAGUGAUAAUUAAAAAACCAGUUAUCAGACAUCCCCAGAGACCAGUUAUGAUGCACCCCAACCAUUUCCAAAGACCUAUCAUUGGUGCAAUGCCUGUGGUACCACAAAAUCCGAUUAUGCCUCCUUCAAGACCAAUGGCACCUGCUCAAGCACCACACCCAAAACCGAUUUAUGUCCACAAAUUUAAGAAACCACUUCCUUCUCAUGUUACACCUUCUCCAGAAAAAACAAAGCAUAAGAUGCAUCCAUCACAAAUGAUAAGUCAAAGUGCUGAAGAUCAAACCACUCGUCUUCCCAUAGCAGUUAAUACAGGUUUUAAUCCUGGUUCUUUAGUAAUCGAAAGUGGUUUCAAACCUAUAAUCCAAACCCCACAAGCAGUUGCAGAAGAAAGAGUUUCAGAAGUUGACUAUGACGAUGAUGGAAAUGAAGGUGUUAUCAAUGUUGAAAAUACUGAUGGACAGAAAUCCCAAACAGAAAUGUUUGAGCCUAUGUUUAUUCCAAGCCCAUUAGACAGUAAUAUCAAGCAUAUCAAGAAAGCUACAACCGAACCUCUUAAAAAAAUUCGUAAACCUUACAGACCCGUAGUUGUAAGAAGACCUAUUUACAAUGAUGUGCCAUUAUUUAGAUCAGAACCUGAUGAUGAAACACCAAUGGGAAAUGAAAACUCUAAAACCUUUUAUGUCUCUCCAAAUCAUCAACCUAGUUAUGAUGGUAAACAAAUGACAGAAGAAACUGUUCCAGCCUUACCACCAAAUCACAAGUUAAACUCUAGAGGUUCUGAACAAUUGGAGAAGACAGCACAAUAUGUACCUUUCAAGGGAGAAGAUUCACCAACUACAAAACAUUCUGAAAAUGUUCCCCAGAGUGAAGAAGAUAGCAAUCCUUAUGCACUACCUCUAAAAUCAGAAGACAGCAAACAAAGAGGAAAUGACACGACAACGAAGUUGACAUCGGCGAGGCAAGAGCCUCAGCCAGAAGCAGCAGAAGUUGAAGUAGUUACAGCGAGUGUGAUUGAGGAAGAGGACAAAGAACUUAAUGAAUCAGAAAAAGUAGAAAAUAUCAACAGAGAAAAACGUUCCGCACGCCAUGAAGGACAUGACCAUGACCACGAUCAUGACCAUGACCACUCUAUGCAUGACCACUCCAUGCAUGAUCAUUCUGCCCAUGAACACAUGAAUCAAAAUAAGAACUAUGCCACUACUGUAAUACCAUUCUUGUCUUUGUACCUUCUUUGUUUGUCUUUACUGAAAUUAUGUUAGUACGAUCAGACAUUUCUAAACACUAUUGUACAAAUUACUUUCUAUUUGUGUUCUGAUUUGUGAUCUUACAAACCUUUGUUUUGCCAAAUUAAUUACUACAACUUUUAAUUUGUAAAUAAAUCACACAAUUGUUUAUUAAUUAAGCUGUUUGUGUUACCAAAUGGCAGAAAAUUUGAACGAUUCGAUGGAUAACAAUUUUUCUACAAUGACUUUUUGAUGUUGAAUUAAAAUUAAUUUUUAAUUUAAAAUAUAACCGCUUUUGUAAAUAAAA